UCUUUUUUUUUCCGCUCCGCUAGAACUUGUACUGGAAUUAUCGCAGUUAUAGUGAUAAACGUCAACACUAAGGAAUGAGGGAGUUCGUUGAGUUGCCGUGGAUGUAAACCGCAUGUCUUUUGCAAAUGUUUUGUUGUGACAUGGACUUUUCCAGAAUGUUGGUGCUGUUAGAUAUCGGUUUUGCAGAGACAAAUUGUAAAUAUAUCAUGGAGUUUUUUUAUAUCCUGGUGUGCAGACUUAGGCAUAAAAAAAAACCUUGUUAGUAGUAGGGCUACGUUUAGUCAAGCGAGAUCGUGUGACAUUCGGUGAAAUUUAGUUUCCGUUUUCACGUACGGUGUGUUACGCACAGGUGAUUUACGGGAGACCUGAUAAGUUUUCUGCCUGUUUUGGUUGAAGAGACGCUCUAGAAAGAAAAAAUUAUUAGUGUACCUUUUUGUCAAAGGAAAGAAAUUGUUGUUAUAGAUACGUUGACAGUAGUCAACGUAGGAUAAUAAUUCACGGGGCAUUAUCAGAAUCAGCGAUACAAUAUUAGGGUUCUCUUGUAAGUAUGGCAUGACACUUUGGGAAGGAAAUGUUGAGUUUCAGGCCGACCUCGCUGCUUCAGAUGUAUGUCUGGUUUGUGUACAUUUUUGUGGUGAUUUGCAUUACUAGUAGUUAUGUUUUGGUCAGUUGGUUCAGAGAUUGUUGGGGGUUGGGGAAUAUUCCAGGCUUAAACACGUGUGGGGAGGGCAAGCUAUUCACGUAUCACACCCACAGACUUUGCUUGUGACGUAGUUGGCGCAUCGUUCAACUGAAAUAGCCCCAAAUGGCCGUGGCUGCUGAGUCAGCAGCCCUUGUAUUUAAGUCCGGUUUGCCUUGCGGUCGUCGCAGUAGCGUUACGGAUACUGGAGUGGUGUAUUAAACGUGUGCUCUGUUGGUAUAAAGAUGGAAUCGCAGAGUUCUCGUGGGCCUGUUACUUACAUGCAGACCGGCUUUCCUUUUGACGACGACAUGAUGCCCAGGAGUGGACGACAGGAUAUUCGUGCCCAUCUAGAUGAUCUGGCACAGCGACAUCCAGAAUUUGCAGACCAACUUCGUUGUCCUCCUUGGGCUGGAGAAAUGAGUGGAUCACCAUCACAUACUGGCACCUGGGGACAGAAUAGACGUGGGUCAAGUGAAGCUGAACCACACACACAGGCAAGAAGCAGCAGUAGUGGCAGCAAUGUGGAAAGUGAAAUGGGCACAUCAUCUCCAAAGCCAGAGGAUAACAGAGGCAGAAACCCUUUCCCUCAGCAAGGAGAAGUUGGUAGAGAUGACGGUGGGAAUCGUGGCCAUCGUUCCAUGUCUGCACCUCCUGAUGCUAGAAAUCAGCAAUCACCCCAGCCUCAAAAUCAACCUCAGCAAACACCUCAGCCUCAAAGAUAUGUUUCCAGAGUUAACAUAACACCAGGAAAACCACCUGUUGCACCUCAGAAACCGCAGUCACCACAGCAAUCGUCUAGCAAUGUGAGGCAUAUACCUAUUUUUGUUGAAGGGAGAGACGAACCUAUUCUUCCUAAAAAUCUGGCUUCUGAAGAACCACCUCCAGAACAAGUGUUUUCACAAAGGAUUCCUCCACAGCCUCAGCAGACAUUUUCAAAGCCACAGACGUACACAUCGCAUCAUCAGUUCCAGCCACAACAGCGUUUUUAUUCUCCACCACAGUCAGCACGGACAGAAUAUACUCGUCCACAGCAGAAUGUACCACACUCGAAACCUGAAACAAUGUUUUCUCAACAGAAUUCAGCUCCAAGUAUGCAGCAGCCAGCAUCACAGCAACCAAAGGAGAUUCCCAAGCCAUCACAACAACCGAAGCCUCAGCAGCCAAAGCCUCAACAGCCUAAUGAUCCAAUUCAUCGUGUCCAAGCUGUCCAGAAGGAUGUGGAAAAUCUUCAGAGAAUGGUGGAAAAUUUUGCUGGAACUUCCAGGAAAGAUAAGCAGUAUAUAUACCUUGAUGAAAUGUUAACAAGGAAUUUAUUAAAGCUAGAUGAUAUUGAUACGGAGGGUAAGGAAAAUGUGAGGCAGGCACGCAAGGAAGCAAUACGCAGUAUACAGAAAUGUAUCAGUAUUCUGGAAUCGAAGGUGCCAGCACCAGAGGAACAGAGUGAAAAUGCAGUUUCAGAAGACACAGAAGGGAUGCAGUCAGUAGAUAAUAGUGACACAACUGAACUGAGAGAAGAAAAUCCAGCAGAAGAAAUGGAGGCUGACAUAGUUGCGCCUGAGCCUCCAGUGCUGGAAAAUGCAGGUGAGAAAAUGGAGCCAGAUGUUAAAGAGACUGAGGAACAUAUUGAGAAAAUGGAUGUUGAGCACUCAGCACCAACACAACAGUCAGAGACAGAAUCAAGUCUGAUAGAAACAAAAGGUGAAUCUCAGCCUUCAGCAGAAGCAACUGAAACUAACAAAAAUGAAAAUGAUGAACAUAAGGGAGAAUCAGCUGAUACACAGCUAACAAUGGACAUGGUAGUGACACCUGAGGCUCCAUUGACUGAAUCAACUAAUCAAGUUGCAAGUGAGAAGCCUUCAGAGAAGGUAGAGAAAAGUGAUAUGGAAGUAGAACCACCUGCAUCAAAUCAGACUGGUCUGGUACAGAUGGAGGCAGAGGCUCUUCCACAGAAAGAUGAGGCAGUAAAAACAGAUGUGGAAGUUCAGAAGGAAGGUGAUGUUAAAGAACCACACUUACCACAGACAGCGAAGGAGACAGAAGUGCAAGAAAAUGUUAGUGAUACACCAGAGAAUUCAAAAGAAGCUGAACCAAAGACUGUAGAUGAGACAUCUGUGAUGCAAAUUGAACCAAUACCAGCUGGGUCGGAAAUAACAAUCCCUCCAAAAGCUGAAGAAUUGAGUGAAACACAGCAAGAAUCAGCAAAAGAAAAUGCCAGUUCUGAACUAACCUCUGAUAAGGAUCCAAAACCAGAAGUUGAAUCAAAGAAAAAGAAGACUGGUAAAAAAGUGAAAUCCCCAUCCAAAAAACCUCCUAAACAAGGUUCUAGUAGCAAGUCAGAUACAAUUUCUAGUUCAGAAGAAGCACAAAAAAGUUAAUUUUUUGAGAACUUUUUUAAAAAACUUAUUUAAGAGUAUUUUAAUAAAGACUGCAGAGACAUGUAAAAUGUUGGAAAGUAUUAUUCUCAUUAAUGUGUAUAGAUUUAUUUAUGUUGAUUUCUGGUGCUGUCUCAUGGAUGUGAGUGAUACCAGUUUUUAUUUCUACUUCAGUUGUUCCUUGGUACUGAAUGUGUCCUCAAUCACUUUAUACUUUUAAGUGAUGUAUAUAAUGUGGAUAAUCUUGCCAAAGAUAUGUCAGAUGUUUUUUGUUGUAACUGGAUCAGUUUCUUUGAGCUGUGAUAAUUUCUAAACUUUUAAACUAUGUAUGAAAUGAAUAUUUGUUCUUAUAAAUUUUCUCUGUAAAUGAAGCAUUGAAUAAGCCUAUAGCACUUUUAUAAUUAUAUGUACAAAUAUUUAAAUGUAAAUAAAUAGUAAAAAUUCUUGUA